AUGUUCGCUCGCCAAGCUUUUCGCUGUGCGCAGCCUCUGAAGCAGAGCUUCCGCAAGUACUCCGCGGAGGCUGCUCCCAAGGCUGCCGAGUCCACUCCUCCCCCUCCUCCUAAGAAGUCCAACUUGACUCCCAUCUACGUUGCGGUUGGUCUUGCUGGUCUCGGCGCUGGUAUUUACCGCUACAGCAGCACUGCUGAGGCUGAGCCCAAGGAGCGCACCAAGAUCUUCAAUGGCCAGGACUGGGUGGACCUGAAGGUCGGGGCCAUUGAGACCCUGAGCCACAACACUAAGAAGAUCCGCUUUGUGUUCGAUGACAAGGAGGCCAUUGGUGGUCUUCCCGUUGCCUCUGCUCUAUUGACCCGCUUCAAGCCCGAGGGCAAGGAGAAGUUCACUAUUCGCCCCUACACCCCGACCAGUGAAGAGGACCAGCCCGGCUACCUUGAUCUUGUCGUCAAGGUCUACCCCAAUGGACCCAUGUCCGAGCACAUCCACUCGCUAGCUGUCGACCAGACCCUGGCCUUCAAGGGUCCCAUCGUCAAGUACCCCUGGGAGACCAACAAGCACAACCACAUCGCUCUGAUUGCUGGUGGUACCGGUAUCACCCCGAUGUACCAGCUUGCCCGUCACAUCUUCAAGAACCCCGAUGACAACACCAAGGUUACCCUGAUCUUUGGCAAUGUCAAGGAGGAGGACAUCCUGCUGAAGAAGGAGCUCGAGGAGUUGGAGAACACCUACCCCCGCCGUUUCCGCGCUUUCUACGUCCUCGAUCAGCCACCGAAGGAUUGGGCCGGUGGUAAGGGCUUCAUCUCCAAGGAGUUGCUGAAGACCGUUCUGCCUGAGCCCAAGGAGGAGAACAUCAAGCUCUUUGUCUGUGGCCCACCUGGCCUGUACAAGGCCAUCUCUGGCGGCAAGGUCAGCCCCCAGGACCAGGGUGAGCUCGCUGGUAUCCUGAAUGAGCUUGGUUACAGCAAGGACCAGGUGUUCAAGUUCUAG